GCUAGUACUCUCUUCUCCACUGCUUCCUCAUCCCCUUAUCUCUCUCUCUCUCUCUCUCUCUCUCUCUGCCCAACCCCAAAAGCCAAAGACCUCAGAUUAUAGUAAGUGAGUGAGAAAGAAUCAGAAACUGGGUUCUGAUCCUUGAUUGAGUUAUGGACACCCAUCUGCUUGAAAAGACCAGAGAAAAAGCUGCAGGCAACAACAUGCUUCAAGAAAAGCCACAGUCACCGGUUACAGCCUCACCACCCUCAGCUUCCUCUUCUCCUUCUCAUGAAUUCUCCUUCACAGUCUCUCUUCAUCACUCUUCUUCCACAUCAAUCCCUGAUCAUAGUAAGAACAACAACAAAGCCAAAACUCCGCCUUCUUUCGCUAUUGACUUGUCUCCUGCAGAUGACAUUUUCUUCCAUGGCCAUUUGCUUCCUUUGCAGUUCCUCUCUCACCUUCCUAUCUCUCCUCGCUCCUCUACUAACUCCUUAGAUAGCUUCACUCUUCCCAUUAGAGACUUAGUAGACGAUCAAGAACCAACCAAGGAAAGCAACAACUGUAGCACAGCAUUGGGAGCAACAACAUCAUCAACAAGAAGAAGAGCAACAGCAGCAGCAAUAUCCAAGAGAGCAAGAGCCGCAAUGGCGAGACGAGGGGAGAACCAAGUCCAAGUCCUUUUCGAUUUUCGGGUUACCAAAAAGGCGAAAAGAUUGCGAAGAGAGGGAGGACAAGGAGGGGAAGCACAAGAGGAAGAUGAGGUUUGAUGUGAGUAAUAUACUAAAGAGGUAUGUGAGGAUGGUCAGGCCCUUAUUGUUCUUUAGGGGAAGAAAGAGAAUGUCCAUUUUA